AUUCAGGUGUGAAAUUAUGACUAAGGACGAAAGGUGCUACAAAAUGAUUUGUUUAUGUUAUGCGAUGAUUAGAUAACGGUGGAAAACAUAUAAUUAACUACUUUUAUAAUUAACUUUAAAUUUGAAAUUAUUUUUCUAAAAGAAAAAAAGGAUAUGUGACUUUUAAAUGAAGUUUUACGGUGUGAAAAUGUGACAUUUUUCAACAAAUCAACAACAUGGGUAAAGAUCAAGAUUUUUUACAGGCGGUGAAAGAUAGAGAUAUUUCUCAUUUGCAAAAACUGCUUGCUAAAGCUGGAAAGCAUGGCAAAACAAAGUUACUUGGGUCCAGUAAAAGAAUUAACAUAGACUAUCAGGAUAGUGAUGGAAUGUCCGCGUUACAUCAAGCCGCCUUAGUUGGCAGUCUGGAAAUGAUGGGAAUGCUCAUAGAACAAGGAGCUUCUGUUGGUUUGUCAGACAAUAAAGGGAUGUUAGCUCUCCACUAUGCUUGCUGGCAAGGGAAAGCAGAACCAGUACACAUGUUGUUACAGUGGAGAUCACCUGUCAGUAACCAGUCCUAUGAUGGUGCUACACCAUUACAUCUGGCUUGUCAACACGGGCAUUUUGAUGUGGCCAACUUAUUACUGUUACACAAUGCUGUGCCUGCAAUUCUAAACCAUGAGAAUAAAACACCAUUAGAUUUGGCUUGUGAGUUUGGAAGAUAUCGGGUUGUAGAUUUAUUACUUAGAAGUAAUUUGUGUGCUUCCUUGCUGUUUGAAACCCCUCUUGAUAUGGUAGAUGGUAAUACUACUUGUAUACAUCUGGCUGCAAAGAAUGGUCAUGUAGAAAUUCUCAGAUUAUUGCUGCAAGCUGGUAUGGAUAUAAACAGAUUAACUCAACAGGGAACCUGUCUCCACCAAGCAGCGUUAUGUGGCAAAGUAGAUGUGGCAAAAUUACUUCUUGAUUGUGGUGUGGAUGUAAAUAGGACAAAUUCUCAUGGUGAGACUGCCUUAGAUAUAGUGCUAAAAUACACACCAUGUCGUGCUGCCAAAGAUCUCAAACAACUUCUUACAGAGGCUAGUUUUGCUGUACAAGCUAGAGCUAUAAAAGACUAUUUUAAUGUUUAUGAUCCACAGUCACUGACGUUUAAGGAAGGGGAUAUAAUACGGGUUUUAGAACAAAGUGAAGGAUUGUGGAAAGGAUGUGUUAUAACAGACGGUCGGACAGCAAAGGCUGGAUACUUCCCUCCCGAUCAUGUGGUGCUUAUUGACAAAAGUGCUAUGAUGUCAAGUUACUCUCCUGGUAAGAAGGUAGGAAUGCCACAAGUACCAGACGUUAUAAGUCGUAACCAACAUGUGUUUUCAUCAGAGGAUGGUUUCCCGCCACCUCCACCAUCAGUUUUCUUUCCUCCAGAACGAGACCAUGAUGUGAGGUAUAUAUCACCACAUUACAGUUCUUAUGAGAACCUGAAUGGACGAGUGCCUCAAUAUAAUGGAGAAGAUAGAUCACCAGUGCCUUAUCACUUAGUUAAUGAUAUGAAGACUGCUAACUCUAUCAGCCCAACCAACUCCAACAGAAAUAGUGCUGCCAGCAGUGAUUCAGGGAGAGGUUAUAGUACAGGACAUACAGAACCUAGGUCUCCACAUAAUUAUGUAAAUGUACAGAUUGUAAACCAACACCGUUUAUCUGGUCAGAGUUAUGAGUCUGGAGUAUCUUCAAGACAGAGUUAUCACAGUAAUUCUAGUUCUAGUGUAGGAAGUCUUGACAGGCUAGAGGAAUCAGGGCCUAUUUCUAACAUAAAUGUAGCAGAACUUUUUCAUUCGGGCAUGCAGGACCAUGAGAUAUUGAAGACCUGGUUAAGGGACCUCAGAUAUGAGGAAUAUUUUGGUCUGUUUAUCAAUGCUGGAUAUGAUAUGAGGACAAUUUCUAGGAUGACCCCAGAGGAUCUGACUGCUAUUGGAAUAACUAAACCUGGUCAUCGGAAGAGAUUGAAAGCUGAAAUUGCCAGACUUAACAUUAGUGAUGGCUUACCAGAUUAUAAACCUAAUACAGUAGAAGAUUGGCUUCACUUAUUACAUUUAGAGCAGUACUGUAAAACCUUAACUAGUCAAGGAUAUGCUGAUAUAGACAGUGUUACUGAUAUUAGUUGGGAAGAUUUAGAAGAAAUUGGAAUUUCUAAAUUGGGUCAUCAGAAAAAAAUAAUGCUAGCAGUGGAUAGAUUAAAAAGAAUUGUAUCUAAUGCUAAAAGACAAUCCACUUUAGAUGGAAAACGAGGAUCAGCAGAAAUUCUAGAUCCACCACAUAAUAAUAUUUCAAAUCGCCAUUCUGGAGAGGCCAUGUACAAUCAUCGACCUAGAAAAUCUUCUUCUGGAGAAAGUUUGAACAAUAGUGAACAAAUGUAUAAUAGUUCUCCGGCAAGGCAAAGAGGUAGUGAUGGAAGCUUGGACUCUUGUUUUUUCCCGAACAGUCCAACUACCAAAGCAUUUCAACCAGAUGUUGUGGCAAUUCAAGUUAAACGUAAUCAGUCGUCACCUAAUUCUUCUUUGACAAAAGAUAUGGCAGGUCAAACAAUAACUUAUCAAUCUUUUCAGGGACCCUCUAGACGUUCAAAUGAAUUUGAUCGUGAUAGCACACCAACAGAAGAAAUUGAUAAUGGUUAUAGGGCACCACUGCCUAUGGCCCCUAUUGUUCCUAAAGUUAUGAAUAAGCCUAAGCCAGUUGCUAAGAUUGUUGCAAAAGCAAAACGUUCAAGUAAAGAAUACUCACCAGACUUUGUGGAGGCAGAAAAAUUAACUGAGUAUUUAGAAGAUCAUAUUGAAAAAUCAGUGACUACAGGAAAUGGAGGAUUUAAACGACAGAAAAGUGACCUUGGAUCAGAGACUGUAUAUGAUUCCCCGAAACACUCCCCCUACAAUUCAGGCCUGAAUAACUCUAUGUCUCAGUCAUGUCCACCAGGUGUCUCUGGACCUCUUCAUUCAUCAACACCAAUAAAGAAAGUCCCUCCUCCACCUCCUCCCAAACGAAGUAAUUCAAUAUCUAAACAAAGCCAAUUAGAAUAUAGUAUACAGAAAUCUCUCGAGAAUUCACCGUAUGCUGCAAGUGUGCCAAAUACUGGCAAUAAUUCACCCAACAUUGUUGACAGUUAUUAUGUUCAAAAUUCCAAUAGAAAUUCUGGAGGUAAUUCUCAGAACAAUGUGAAUAGUUGUAAGGUACCACCAGUAAGUGUUUCAUCAACUUCAGGCAAUUUUCAGUAUGCUGGUAGUAUACCUAAAUCAGCUGUUCCAAAACUUCAACCUAAACCGGUUAUCUCAACAAAGCCUGCUGUGUCGCCUAAACCUAAGAAAUCAGUAAAAGUGGCCUCAGAGCAAAAUUCAUUUGCUAGUUGUGUACAAAGUCUGUCACAAAAAUUUGGCAGUAAAUGUGGUGAAGUGAUCAGUCCUGAUGAUAUGGUUAAUUCUGACGGAGAAGACUUUCCACCACCACCGCCACCAAUAGCUAUGGAUAUAAUUACACCUAAACUUCAUAAUUAUGGAAUACCUAGUAAAGAGGAUAUGCAUGGUGAAGAGUAUAGACUCCAGUAUCAGAGACAAGUUAGUGCAAAUAGUGUACAAGGUACUGAAACACGAACAUCUACUUGUAGUGCUGUUCAGUCUAUGCGGUCAAACCAGGGGCAUGAGUCAGUGGCAAACAUGUCAGACAAUCAUAGUGUUCAUAACAAUUCAUUUUCUUCGCCAAUAUUAAGAAGUACCUCAUUACGAACAAGUCCGACUAAGGAGCCACCAAUACUGUCUCACAUGACAAAAGAUUCUCAUGUUGGGUCUCAUGUGCCUGUCUCUUCACAUAAUCAGAACCAAAAUACAUCAUCAUUCAGAAGAUAUAAUGGUAGUCUCAGUGAUUCAACAACUACAAUGAGAUCGGAAGAAAAUGUAGUGAAACAUUUAAAAAGUGUAGGAUCACCUCAGAUUAAACCAAAACCUAGACGAGAAUAUUUAAUUAAAGAAAAUCAUGUACCGGUAGGUGGUAGAGAAAAAACACCGCCAUAUGGAACUCUCAAACGGAAUGAUUCUACGUCAAGUCAUGACUCUAAUAUAUCAACAUCCAGUGUGGAAUCUAAUACCUUACCGUUUGCUAAUGAAAACGUAGGAACAAUUAAACAACGAGCACCUCCUUCUAAAACAUCUAUAGUGCAAAUUAAUGAGGGUGAAAACGACCUCAAUCCAUCCUUAUUUACUCAGAGGUCUGAAACAAUGACAGCAUCUCUACAAAAAAGAGAUGUCAUUCAUGAACAAACAGGAAGUAAUGGUUUAGAUAAAAAUUCAGAAGAUGUUCUGACGGAUAUUGACUUCAUGUUACAAGGAUUAACUGAUGAACUCGAUGCUAUGUUAGAAGAUGAAGCUAUUUGUAAUGGAUGACCUCAUUAUUAACCUUAGUGUCACAUGUCUGUUACAGUCAUCAGUCCUGGUUCCUUGUCUCAUUUCAGCUGUGCUUAUCUAUUCAUCGGGUGCUUUACAGAUUACUACCUCCUAAUCCAGUAGUUCAAUGGUCCUGUAAUUUGUCAUCAACAGUAAAACUACUAGAGAAACUUGAUAGAAAAAUAAGAGUGAUAUGUUUAAUGUCAAAAUAUCAAUGGCCACAGUAUUUGACAUAAUAUCAGUGACCAAAAAACAUAAUAAUAUCAAUGACCAAAGAAUAUAUAAAAAAUAUCAGUGACCAAAACACAUCAUAACAUCUUAGACCAGAGUAAUAAUGUCAGUGACCACAGUAUAUGAUCUAUCAAUGACCACAAUACACAACAUAACAUCAAUGACUUCAAGAGAAGUAGUACCAUCGAUAUGAGAUCUUGAUUCAAUGAAAGAUACAUCACAUUUCAUUAUAUAUAAUGGGUAUCUGAAGGGUAUAUUUUAAUUUUAAGGUGCUGAACAUAAUACACAUGUUUAAGAUCCUUUCACAGAUUUCUAUCAUAAAAGCCUUGUUUUCAUUGACAUAAACAAAUAUCAGACACUGUACAAAUUUUGAUUGUGUUCACUUUAGUCACUUUCUUGCCUUGGACAAUUUGAUCGUAGAAACUGUGAUUUGUACUUUGUAAAUGAGUUUUGUGAUUUUAAUGUAUGAAAAUUAAUUAUCUGGUAGUUAGAUAAAGUAGUGAUCAUAUUUUAGAGGAGAUUUCUUAUUUUACAGCUUACAGAUUGUAUGUUUAUCUGAAUUAUGAUAAUAACAAGGUGCUCCCUUAUAUUUAUAUGUCUAUGAUUAAAUUUUGGUAAAGGUCUGUUUCUGAUAUAGCAGUCUUAAACAUACACCUGUAGACUUUGAUAAUCCUUCAUGUAGUGUAUCAAGUUAGUUUCCCUGUCAAUUUUAGAGAAAGACAAUAUCAUAGGCUAUGUAUUUAUGAAAUCUAACAGAUCAAGUCUAAGGUAACUGGUAUGAAAAAUUGAAAUUGCAAUUACAGCCUAUUAUUGAAAUAAGAUUAUUUGGUCAUAGCAUAUAUGAACUUACAUACUAGUAUUAGAAACAGACCUUCUUGUCUUACUUUGUGUGACCUUGAUAAACAAAAAACUUAAAUUUCUGUUACUUGUAUAUAAAUUAUAAAAAUUGUUAUUGCACUUGACUUUCAAUAGUAAUGUUGUUUAUUUUCAUAUAAAUAAAUAUUGUUUGUUUUCUUCAAAAAUAAGCACAGUAUUGCUCACAAUAUCAUAUAAUACAUAAUAUCAAAUUUUAUGAUUUUUAUUUGGGUUUUUUCAGGAUUUUUUCCCCCCAUCAUGCUAUACAUAUUGUUGCGAAAAUCCCUCAAAAUCUUUCCCUAUUUGGCAAGGGUUUAUUCUAUCCAAAUGCAUACGAGUUCAUUACCAUUAUUUAACUUCAAAAAAAUUCCAACAUAACUACAAAAAAAAUCCAGCUAUACCAAAUCUCUAUGGAAGAUUAAAUGUUUAUUAUUGGAGGAAAAGAUAUAUUGGUAAAACAUUAUAUAAUGUUGCAACUAGGCAUAUUCCUCAGUAGACGACCGUGCAAGGGCUGUAUAGCCAGUCAAGGUCGUUAAAAACUUCCAUUUGUAUUCCUCAGUCCCAAUAUAAACACACAAUAAUGACUUAUUUAAGAAAUUUUAUUGCACUCUAAAUUUUAGUAUAGUGAAAUGCCUCCAAAGGUGAUGUAUGUCUUAGUUGAAAUUAUUGUACUAUUCAACAGUUGUGAGAAUGUCAUUAAUGGAUUUUUGAAGAAAAACAGGAUAGGAAAUUUACAGAAAGAUUUUUGUUUACGGAGUUUAAUGAGAUUUGCAUGGUUGUACUCAAGUGCCUGUUAAUUUGCUACCUCUUUGAUACUUUAUAUAAAGGGAGGUAACUCAAUAAAAAUACUAUUGUGAUAUGUGGUUGUGUGAUCAUUUUUCUGGCAGUUUUUUUUUUUAUUUAGAGAUUGCAAAAUACGAAAUGCACUGUAUAUUUGAACAGUUAAGCCUUAAAGUAGAUAAAAUUACAUAGUAUUAUAAUAAUAUAUAUGUUCUUAUAGUUUGUUAUAGUCCUAGUGGCAUAAUGGGUCCAGUUUGACCGACUGGUCCUUGUUUGUUUGGUGGUCUAAAUACCUAUUGGGAUUCAUUCUUCAUUGGCAUUAAUAAACACCUCACAAUAAUUUCUGAAUUUACAGUAUAUAAAGAUAUAUGUGUUUGGUCCAAUCAGAUUUGAUGGAAAUGAAAUUCAGGGAAAAUAAAUAAAACAUAUUUCUUCUGUUCUAUUCCAACUGUAACUGAGCAGUUAUAAUAUGUUAAAAGUGAUUACCUAAAAUAUAGAAUAUCAGUCAUUGAUUAUCUGACUAAAAAAUUAUCUUUCUUUCAGAUUUUAGUUUUCGUUUUUUUGGUAGAAUGAAAGAAAGAUAAUUCUAGUUAUAUGUAAUAUUUGUUUAUUCAUGGAAUCCCUUGAUCUAUAAAGGUUGUAAAAUAAAACGUGUGGUUCUGACUAUUGUGAACUUGCCUACUUGAAAUCAGUUUUGAUAGUAAUAUCAUUUAGCAAGUAAAUCUUAUUGAAAGUUUUACAUCACUUCUUUCUCCUUGAAAGUUUUACCAGUUUUCAGUGAUAUUAUAUUCUGUAAGGACAUAAAGAGUUUGGGAUGAUUUUCUGCAAAUUAAAUAACAGACCUUAAAUUUCUCUUUCUUGUAUCAAUUAAAUUGCAAAUACCAAAUGUAAAACAAAAUAUGUUUUAUUCUACAAACAAACAGUUUCGUUUUACAUUAAAUAAUGGAAACAAAAUACAUUGAAGAAAUAGAAUUGUGACAGAAUUUGAGACUGAUAGAAAUGUACUGUCAAGUUCAUGUAGGUCUCUUGCAAGAAAGAAAAUUGCAUUUAUAUAUAAACUGUAGAAAUAUAAUGAAAAAGAUGAUGAUUUCUUGGUUGUUUAGUGUGUGUCUUUUUGACAAAUUGGUAACCUAAGGAAGCAUACAUAUUGGAAUGUUUGUAGUAAAGCAAGAGUUUUCUUGAAUUAUUUUUUAUAACUGUCUGCAGUUGGUCCUCAUGAUUGGGUAAUGAGUUUUCUACAACUGUUCAAAGAAUUUCUCAUAUUUUGACCAAAAAAAUUUGUAAGUACAUUUCCAGAGAGUUUCUUAACCAAUAAACUGCUAUUAAACUGGCCACUAGAUCUUGCAUAAAUAUGAUACAGCAUUUAAACUUGUGCUUCAAUUUCUGACUAUUCAUGAAGAGUGCCUUUGUCAUACAUUAUAUUAAACAUUGAUACACUAUGAAGGAAAUCUCUUUGAAUGAGAAAUUUUUUUUACAUAAUAAAAUUCAUUGGAAGCAAUUUAGCAUAAUAUUUUGCUUAUGAAUCUGCACUUGUGCUUGGAGGGUUUUAUUUAUGCAUACACAGCAUUUUUUGUGCUCUUUAAGAAAUUUUAUGAUUGCAUGUUUGAAAUGAUUUGAGCUUUUCUAUAGUUAAUGAGGACAUAAUUAAUUAUGUAAUUAAGAAAGAUAUAAUUAAUUAUGUAGUUGUUCUGUUAUUGUUUAUUUAUUUAUCGUUAAAUGUUUACAAACUAUUGUAAAUAUUAAAAUGCCAAAAAGAUGUAUGAAAUUAAACAGGAAAUAAUAAAAAAUGAAAGUAUACAA